AUGGCCAGAGUUGUGAAGGAGAAGUCACGGCACGAUCUUGACGAUGAGGCGCUCGGCAAGUACCUCCAACGAAACAUAACCGGUGUUAAGCUUCCAAUCGUGUCAACAAAGAUUGGAUAUGGCCAAAGUAAUCCGACUUACUUUAUCGACGAUGCAGGGAAAACUCGAUACAUUCUGAGGCGUAAACCAAGCGGGACGAUAAUAUCGCCUGUGGCGCAUCAAGUGGAUCGGGAAUAUAAAGUUCUCCAGGCACUGGGUACUAUUGAAGGGUUUCCGGUACCGAAAGUGUACUGCCUGUGUAUGGAUCCUAAGAUUAUCGGAACCGCUUUCUAUAUGAUGGAAUAUGUCGAGGGACGAAUAAUCACCGAUCCAAAUCUUUCCACCCUCGAGCCAAAGGAUCGUCGUGCAGCCUGGUCAUCGGUUGUCUCGACGUUAGCCUGGCUACACUCAAUUGAUCCUGACUCCAUUGGCCUACAUGACUUUGGCAGAAAGACCAAUUUUUACACUCGGCAUUGCAAUACCUUCUCCCGAAUCGAAGCCCAACAAGCAAAAGUCAAGGACAUAAAGACUGGUAAAGAACUGGGUCGUGCGCAUCCGGAUUUUGACGAAAUCGUGGAUUACAUUCGCAAACAUGUGCCCAGUGAUCGCACUAGCAUCAUUCACGGAGAUUACAAGUUUGACAAUAUCAUCUUGCAUCCGACAGAACCUCGGGUCAUUGCCAUCUUGGACUGGGAGCUUAGCACAAUCGGCCAUCCUCUUCUAGAUGUUGUAUACGUUACAGGACCCUACUGGAAUCGUGCAAGCUCCCAUGGCGUCGCUGGAGACUCCAGGGCUGAAGCAAGAGAUGACCAGGGUGGAGAGGUGUAUGACUCAGAAAACCAGAGGGAAAGUGGGAUGCCAAAUAUGGACGAGCUGUUAGAUGAGUACACCAAGAUCACAGGAUGGAAUCCUAGACAAGACCAAUGGGAGAUUGCAAAAAUCUUCCAUUUGAUGAGAGGCAGCACCAUCGCGCAUGGUAUCCAGGCCCGUACAAUCAGCGGCCAGGCCAGCAGCGACUUCUCCCAUGUCUACUUUGAAAAGAGCAAGCAAGGCUUGGAUGCAGCAAUAGCCAGGGUACGCUCUCUCAAGGAGAAAGAAAAGCCGAGCAGCAGUCUCUGA